CCUACACGUCUGGGUACUAUUGUAUAGAUUGAUAUUCACGACAAGCUACUGACAGUGCUAGUAUACCUUUGUGUCUGAUAUCAAUGCGACCAAACAAGUAUCUAAUUUAGGCAAUACAAUCUGUAUGAGACCUAGGUCAGCUCGAUCUGUACGGAGAAAUGUUCUACACCACCGCAGGAUUCCCUACCAUUCGGAUUCUGGUAUGCAUAUGCUUUGCGUGUAGUGUAGGAAGAGUGCAAGAACAACAAGUUGGCCACGACUGAUCGACAUAUAUACAAAAUUAUAACGUAUUCAACCACAAUUUAAUCCGGUCAUCCCCAUAUGGAACACGAACAACAGAAACAAACUAGGCAGAUGGAGCCAUCAGUCAUACCUUGUCUCGGGUCUGUGGCAUUUACCUUCGUUUUCGUGCUGUCUACCCUGAAUGUGACCGCUUCCGAGAGGAUCCUCAUGCUGCCCGCCUCUAUAGGAAGCCAUCUUCUGCAGAUGAACUCUGUAGCGGAAGGUCUGAUCGGGCGGGGUCACGAGGUGCACACAAUAUUAAAUUCACGUACCAAGGUCGCAAAGGGAGUGCUCAACCCACAGGUAAAGGUCAUUAAGUACGAUACGGGCGAGGAGCCAUGCUUUCAAAUCAAGGAAUUUCACGAAGUGACCUUAGCCCCCGAGUUGUCCGAUUUGAGUUUUUUCGAAAAAAUGAAACCUUUUGGUAGACAAUUUGAGAUGUUUACAAAUGAAUGCAGGGGGACUAUUGGGCACGCUGCCCUAUUCACGGAACUGGAAAGGAAGAAGUUUGACUUUGUUGUUGUCGACGGGGCCAUUAGAUGCUACAACCUAAUACCUUAUAAGCUCGGUGUACCGUUUGCCGUCUUCCUGUCGUUUCUACCGCCGGACAUCCCGCAUGCAGCGCUGCAGGCUCCUCUUGUUCUCCAGGGACCAAUUGACGACAUGAUCUCGGGAGAAAACACACCUCACGUUAUCGCGACCAUCUGUAAAAUUGGUUUCAUUACGACGUUUUUCAACUCAAUGGAAGUUUUUGGUGAUAUUGUAAACAUAUCUCUGUUUGAACUGCAGAAACAGACUCAAUUGAUGCUAUAUGAUGUCAGUAAGGUUCUGUCCACUCCGAUGCCACUUUCGCCGAACGUCGUCAACGUAGGGGGUCUAAACGUCCGGAAGUCAAAACCCCUCCCAGAGGGGGAACUCAAACAAUUUGUCGACUCGGCAACAGACGGAUUCAUUCUAGUUUCAUUUGGAAGUUUUGCCAAAUAUUUCCCGGACAGAAUUAUCUGUAUUUUGCUGGAAACAUUCAGGGAUGUACCUCACAAGAUUGUGUGGAAAUGGGACAAGCAAUUGUUGAAAGAUGAUCAGGUCUUGCCGUCCAAUGUGCUGGCUGCAAGCUGGCUACCCCAAAAUGACGUCUUGGGACAUGAAAAUAUCAAACUGUUCGUGACUCAUUGCGGCAAUAGUGGCCAACAUGAGGCGCUGUAUCACGGCAUCCCGAUGGUAGGUUUCCCUUUGUUUGGCGAUCAGAUGUUUAACUGCAAGAGAGUCGAGGGGCGCUUUGGUCGCCACAUCCGGGCCAAAGAUCUAACACAGGAAAAACUAUUGAACAUGAUAAAACACGUGAUCAGUGACCGGAAAUAUUCGGAUAACAUCGGAAAGGCAUCGGCAGUUUUCCGUGAUGAAGCAAUGGAGCCAAGAGACACCGCGGCCUAUUGGAUUGAUCACGUGAUCAAACAUGGCGCCAACCACCUUCGAAGUCAGACAAACGAGAUGUCGUGGAUCCAACUUUUGAUGUGGGAUGUCUUGUUUGUUCUUUGCGCUGUUGUUGCUGUCGUUAUGACCCUACUUUUCUUCGUCUGCCGAUGUUUGUACAGGAGCUGCUACCGCGGGUUGUCCUCUAAAGAAAAGGCUAAACAGUCUUAAAGCAGACUAGGCACUGCAACAGGAUUAUAUGAGAUAUCAACUCUGUCGUCUUAUCCUUUCUUUUAUCGGGUUGCGAAUGAAAUUUUCUAAACUGUUUGCUACUUUCGAAGUUUCAUUCCGACUAGCCCAGAGAGAAAAAGGAUGAGUCUUGAAUUCCCGCUCAGAACGAGCCAGUGAAAGUUAUUUUUCGCAAAUCCCCGAAAUGCCAACGCGAACGGUUCGAACAAUUGAACAGGCAUUCGCGUUGGCGUUUUGGUGGAUUUGCGAAAACCCACUAUAUCUGGCGCGAACGGGCCUUCGCGCUGAUAUUUUGGACGUAGUAUUAUCAAUUUUUGUCUCGCCAUAGGGGAGUCUAGGCCUAUACAAUACAUAGUACUAUAAAUAAUACGGUGAGCACAAUGGUCCUUGGCCUUUUGAUUUUUAUAUGCACCGUCGACCCACCUAGCCCGGCCGCAGGGAAUCGGGAAUUUUCAAACAAAUUGGUUCUAUAAGAUCAGUGAUAGGUGUACAUGUAUAUAUGAAUAGGUCCGUGGUUGUAUGGAAACACUA